AUGACUACUAACAACUUUUCCUCCUAUCAGGCUCAACAAUACCUAAUCGAUCCUUUCAGCACUCCCGAACCAAGUGAAGAAACAGGUCCUGGAAGCCAUUUCAAUUCUUCCAUUCCACAUACCCAACCUAGCAGUUUCGGCAGAAGCAGUUCAACCAAAAAGACACCCAAGACAAUCGUUAAUUCCUAUCCAACACCCCCCGCUUCAGCUAGUCCCACCAAGUCGACCUUCAGCUCCAACAACCCCUAUGCAUCUCAUCGUCAAUCAGCUUUUAGCGGCUACUCUAAUAUCAACGGUGGGAGCCUACGCAAAAGUCUCGAUGGACCCGUCGGUACCAGUAGUGACAAAGGACGUCGCAGAGGUAGUUCCCUAGGCGGACGGUAUCCAGGAGACAUGUCACACAGGCCUCUCGACCAAUUGCGUCAAGAGACCAAAAUCGCAUACCGCUCUCCUCAUCUCCGCAAGAAACACAUCCCAGGCGCCGACAUCAUUGACUCACUCGACCGCACCGCAGUCGGUGGUUCAUAUCAUCACGAAGGUCCUUAUGACGCCACACUAAUGGCACGCAAUACGAGUUAUAAGAGUUCACCAGUGGCAGCGGUCGCGGGAACGAACGAGGAGGCCAUUAGAGCCACACCGAGGGAAAACAUUCAGGAUAGUUUGGAUAGACAUAUACCGUUAUCGGGGACGGCUGAUGUUCCUCCCGGGAUGCCAGGUCCAGAUGGUGUCAUUAUGAAUUAUGCAGAGGGUGCGGAUUUGAUGAGAGAACCCGAUGCAGCGGGUGGUGCGUAUAAGAGAUAUGAUCACGUGAAAUACCUCCCCGAAGACUACAAAGGCAAAGGCGAACCCUCCUUCAGCAUCGACCAAGCCCGCAAAGACCACAAAGCUUCCCAAAAACCCAUCCACCGCCGCAUCAUGUCCGACGGAAAUUUCGCCUACGAAAUGCAAACCCGUUCCCCAUCCGGAGUCUCGAAUCUCCGACCCCCGCCAACUAAUCGCCAGAGAAGUGUAAGUGGAAGUAAUGCUAUGAGUGGUGGUAUUGGUGGAUUUGGAGCUAUGAACGGUAAUAGCACUGGCAAGACCAGUGGACGAGCAAUGGGAACCGUCGAUUUCUCAGGCGAUGAAGGAAAAAUGAAAAUGAAUACCAGGAAUAGGAGUCACAGUCCAGGAAGAUCUCAUAAUUUGAGCGAGGGUCUAAAGAGGAGAUUCGGAAGUUUGAAAAGGAGUUUUAAGGGGGGCGAAUAA